AUGAAGAGCUUAAACUGCUUUAGUGGACGUGCGAACGUCGAGAUGGAGUCGGAACUAGAGGCAGCAUCCAAGUUGGUCGAACGUGCAUUUAUCCGUAUUCAAAAGUCAGAAAGAAAAGCUAAACACGUGCAACAGGCUAUCAAAGACACGCGCAAGGACAAGAUAGAAGAGAUGGUGACGCAUUUGCAGUGGCUUUUGGAGCACAAGAAGCAAUUGGAACAAGAUCUUGAUGUCUUGGACAAGAAAUUGAAGGAAAAGCGAAUGAGGAUCAAGGAAAGAACAGGGUGA